CACAGGUUGGCACGCAGAUUGUAAAAAGAAGGAAACGACACAGGGUGUGUGCUGAGAGCAAAAGGGAUAGUGAUUCCAAGAUGGCUGAGACUACUAAACUUUGGGGUGUGGCGCCUGUCAUACUGAAGAUGAGCAAAGACCCCACAAACUUCUACAUAGGGCGGGCACUCUGGUUCAGCAUUACUUUUCUUUACGUUUCAGUUGUGUAUGUAGUGCAAAUCACCUGGCUUCGUCUGUUCCGAGACUUCCAGUGCCACGGAAACAUCUCCAAAGUCUGUCUAGCAGCAUGCUACGAGAGUCACUUCACUAGGCCUGUGUUAGGAGUUUGGUAUACGGUUGGCUUUGCCUUUUCCACCAUCUUUUUUGUGAUGGAGUUUUUGGUCUGUCAGAGUGUGCGUAAACUGACCGAGAUAUUUAGGAAGGAAUCUUUAGGAAAGAAGCCUGGCGACACUCACGGCAACACGGAGUGCGUGAAGGCAAAUGAAGAUGGAAUUUUUGACUUAUCCCGGGAAAAGCCCCUGUUGGCAAUGUAUCUUGUCUACUUUCUGAUACAGUUGUCUAUACAGGUGAUCUUCUUGGCCAUUCUUAUUCACUAUCACCUACCACUGAUUAAAACCCCCAUUUGGUGCAGUACCCCCAUGUGUCACGGGCCCUAUGAAUGUGUGCUAUUGGGGACACAGGAAAAGAUGAUGUCCAUUAUAAUUCUGGCUACAUACUCUGUGGUCAUCAUGAUGUUUUGUAUCAUGUUCUUCCUGUACACCAUUAACACAUACCUAGCCAUGGGACGUAAGUUUCUCUGAGGAACACAGAGGCUCUAUGACAUCCUCAGAGUAGCCCUGAUGGUUAUCACUGACUACAAAACGUGGAAUGAUUGCAAAGGAGGCCUGUAGCAGUCUCAUCCUGGAAGAAUACAGACUUCAUCCUUCUUUCACAGUCCCCAGGACCUGCUGGUCUUAGGAAAAUAAAACUUGGAUACGACAA